AUGCCAUCGGAUCAGGCCGAAGUCAUCAUCAUUGGCUCUGGUAUCGCCGCAGCCGCAGCCGCCUACUCCGUACUGGCUGAAACCAGACGUGUGGACAACCUACGUCGCGUUCUCGUCAUUGAGUCCCGAGAGAUGUGUGGGGGCGGAACGGGUCGUGGCAAUGGUCUUUUGAACUGCGCACCACAUGAGAUGUUUCACAGGCUACGGAGUACUAUAGGUCUUCAUCGUGCCGCAGCGCUUGUGAGAUUCCAGCUAGCUCAUAUCAAAUUGCUGGGGGAGCUAUGCCAAGCGAUGGGCCAGGAUCAUGCAGAGUUCCGCGAGAGGGAGAUGGUAGAAUUCUACCUCACCGAACGAGAUCGCAAAAUUGCGUUCGCUAAGGCACAUUUAUUUGCACAGUGGGUUCCGGAAUUCAAGAUUGCAACCUUUGGCGAGGAUCAGGCGCGGGAGACCUUCUGGCCAUUUGGAUUCGUUAAUUCUGUAUGGCAUCAUCUCCUACGCAGUAAUAAACAAUUUCUCCACAUAAUGACACAUACGAGCGUUGUUGCCAUUGACUCAUUUAAAGGAGACCCAUGUAAGUGUGGAAGCCUUAUCAUUUCCACUCAUUCGAAAAAGAACGAUGGCUAUGUGGUCCGAACCACGCGUGGCAACUUCAGAUGCAAUCACAUCGUGCACGCUACAAACGCUUUCGCCCCCGAUCUCGUGCCCGGCCUGCGUAGCAAGAUGACCGGGAUCCUCGGAACCAUGACUGCGCUCAGCCCAGGGUUUAGCCUUUUCAACAUGGGCCGCAGAAAUGCAUGGUCUGUUGUGCAUGGGAAAACAAGUGACAAUGCUAUGCAGCGACCAAGCGGUCAGGGGGAUAUCAUUAUUAGUGGAGGAUUCUCGCGCGCAGCAGGCCACGGUGCAAGCAUGAUUGGCGUAUAG